CCCUCCUCCUCCCUCCCUCACUAAUUCAGGGAGAGAUAUGGCUGGGUGCUGACAACCAGGAGGAGCGUACUGAAUGGGGGGAUGUCCUCAGAGAUGCCGGGAAAGUGACGUGGAGGAAUGCCCAAUUUGGUGAGAAGGUCAUAAUCCAGAUGGAGGAGAAGAGCAGAGAUACCGCGGCCCAGUUGAAAGAAGCCAUUGAUGAUCUGAAUGAGAAGGCAUCUGUACUGGAGGAAGAGAAAGAAAAGAAGAGUGAGCUAGAGGCACUAGCAGCUAAGUUUGAGGUGGAGAUGAAAGCAGUGGAAGACGCGGCCAAAAGCCUUCGCGCGGAGAAGGACACAGUUCAACAGGAGCUGCAGCAGACACUCCAGUCAGUCAGUACCAUUCAGGAGGAGAAGGAGAGUUUGUUCAAAGCCACUGAGGAACUACAAGUCGUACUCCAGACGGUGUCAAAAGAGAAGGAGCAGACGACUGCGGAGCUGCAGGAGAGAGAGAGACUGGCCAUGGACAUGGAGGAAGAGAAGCACCAACUGGAGGAGGCCACCACCCACCUCAAGGCCGGCCUCAUUUCGAUGGAGGAGAGACAGAGAGCACUCGAGGAAGAGAAGAAAAUGACCGUUGAACAGUUAGUCACACUUUCUUCUACCAUUCACACAAUACAUACUACAUACAUGCACACAUACAUGCAUACACCCCCACAUAGACAAGGAACACUAGCUAGAAGCCUGAAUCCUGUUGUUCAACUGGUAUAUCGUACUGUAUGUAUGUACAUACAGACUGAGGACCCAGGAAGAGACGGCCAAACAGCUGGAGUCUGAGAAGAGAUUGAUGUCUGAUGCAGCUCAGAAUCUGGAGGCCAAUCUCAAGCAAGUUACGGAGGAGAAGCAGACGACGGAGUCCAAGUGGAAGGAGGAGCGACAGAGGAGGAUAAAGACGGAGAAGAGACUGCGUCUGGCCGAGGACUCCCUCAAGAGACUGGACAGAGCUCUCAAGGAGAGCGGAGUCCAGAUCGACCUACAAAUUGAGACCGACGUCACGAAUCUCAAAAAAUUCUUUGAGGACUGCAUCGCGGAGGAGCAGUUUGAGGCCCAGAAACUGGACAUCAUGCGAGACGCAGUGCGAGCCAAGGCCACCUACAACACCACAACACAGCACCUCGAGAAUCUCGCCGUCAGAGAGUCACCUGAACCUCCCCCCACCCCCGAGGAUGUCCCCCUCGUCAAACCCUCGUCAGAGACUGGCAACAGUAACGGCACUGAAAACGGAGACGCUGGGGGUGAAAGGCCAGAGGUCGGAAGUAGUGGAACAGAGGUCAUUGCCAAUGGAGACGCUGGGGGAAAAACAAAUGGCGAGAUUUCGGAGGUCAUUGCUAAUGGCGAUGCUGGUGGUGCAAGCAGUGAAGGGGCAGAGGUCGUUGCUAAUGGUCACGGCAUAACAAAUGGUGCAGCAGAAGCUAAUGAAACAAACAGCGAGGCAGUAUGUGCGGCCGCAAGUGGGGACAAAGGAGGUUCUGGGAGCAGUGAUGCAAUAGAGAACGGGGUCCCAUCCUCUCCGUCUGAUUUUUAGACCAUGCAUCUGCCUUUUAUGCUGUUUUGUUGAAUGAGCUGUUUAUGAAUUGUAGAUUCGUCACUAU